CUACGACACCCGAGGCUCAUUCUCUUGUCGGGAUGACACUACACGUUUCUACUUUAAUACAAAAGCUUCUUUUAUAAUUAACAGUAGAACUAAUUUCGGUAGAUUGCGAUAAUUUGAAAAGUUUGUGAAUUGAUGGAUAAAAUUUGUAUGUGAAGGCUUGAAAAUUCGGAGUAUUUUUAGAUUGAAAACUUCUGAAUUGUUAAAUUUAUAUUAUAUAUGUGCAUAUAUGUGUAGUCACUUGGAGGAAGAGGUUAUAAAGAGUGCGUCGCAAUUUUCAAUAUAAAUCGAUACGAUGGCAGAGAAACUGUCGCCAUGUUUGAGUGGGAUUCAAAAAGUCGCAGGAAGUAAAUUGAGUGAUAAGUUAAGUACACUGAACCGCAUCGCGAUAAAAAUAGUUGACUCAGAAAAUCAAAAUGAAGCGAUGCAAUUGGCUGUUGAUUCGUCGGAAUUACCGGAGGUUUUGAAACCUCUGGUACAAGUGGAGGUCGCGCGAUUAUCAGAACAAUUUGAGGGAAUUUGCGAGGCUUUGAAAUCCGAUGACUCUGUAGUGUUUGAUCGAGCGCUCAGGGCCAAGUGGUUUUUCAAUGGCAGCCAUGAAAAUUGUAGGGUUCAGUUCUACAAGGCACAGAUUUUUCCGGUCGUAUCUCUGCAUAGUCGACUCAAAAUUAUCAAAGCGUUGGCUAAUAAUUUAACCGCGAAUCCUAUUAUCGCUGAGGAAUUUUAUACUGCGCUGACUUUGAUGUACGGAGAGAAACAAGCUCACCCACUACUGAUGGCUUGCAGUGAAUCAUUUAUCAGGGAUCGCAUCGAGAAGCAUAAGCUACAGCUUAAUAAUAGAUUAGUACGAAAUUUAUUCUAUAAAUAUCCAGGACUCAUAGUCAAAUAUCUGAAGUUGCCCAGAAAAAGUGAUGAUAAAUACGAACGAAAUUCGCAACUCAUCUAUCUACGUUUUUUAAGAGAGUUUCUUCCACGGUUGGUUAAAAAAUGUCCAGAUGCUUUUGUAGAGCUCGUUGAAAUGCACCAUCAUGGUUUCUUCAUAGGAUUAAGUCACACUCGUACUGAGUUAUUUUUGAAAAGCUCUAUAGAUUCAUUCAUGAAAAAACCUAAAUUUUAUUUGCAGAUUUUGGAUCUAAAAACAGUUACAAAAAGUCUGACUGACAGCCAAUUUAGAAGUGUUAUCAAGCAACUAUUUCCUCCCAGAUUUGAAUGCUUUCAAUUCGAUUCAUUGGAGAAGUAUCUGUCCUAUCUACCAAAGGAAAAAGUAUUACCUUUAGUGAAUUCGAUUUUUCAAGAGGUUUACAAAAUCAACUUUCUAUACUGCAAUCACAAAAUAACACCCACGGCAAUGCAGUUUCUUUCGCAGGACGAACGCACCAGACAGGCGAGAAUGAAACUGAAGACAGAACCAACUGAUUACUUCAACUAUUCCACGAGAUCGUGGGUUUGCUAUUUUCCUUGCGAUGAAUCAGUUUCGUUGCUUAAAGAUAUUAUCAAGAGAACACCAAAUGGCGCCCAAAGAUGCGAAUUACUUAAGCAAUUAAUUUUCACCUGCGUUAUUAAUUCCGAUAAUAAUGCGUUACUCGGAGUACUCAAGUAUAUCUUGACGAAUCACAAAAACGAGGGUCGAUUUACACUGGUAAAUGUUUUACAGAUAUUGUCGCAAGAAUUUGACCUAAAAACUCUAACGCGUGAACACUGGGAUGUAAUUGACAGCUUGUUGAAAUUGGUGUAUGCUCAAAAUGGAAUCGACUCCAACUUUAUUACUAUAUUUAACUUGAUAACAGGUAAAAUUGGCAUCGAUUUAGCGAAUAACUGUUCGAUAACGGAUAAAAUACGCAUGCUUGCUGAAUCCAACGUCACCUAUGGGGCUAACGCGUGUAAUAUUUUGAAAGACAAUUUGGCGUACAACAGAAAAUGCCUAGAGGAAUUGAUCAGAGUCUUUCCAUCUGUAAAUAAAAGAAGAAAAAAAUCUAUAACUAUUGAUCUGAUAGGUAAUGUCCUAAGUUCGAUUUACGACUUCAACAAACGUAAUUCGGAAGCCAAAUCACCUCUAGAAAUGAUGUCGAUCAAAAAUUAUCCCUGGCUUUAUAAUUCUGUUAAGAUGUUUAUUAAGAACGAAGAUCAGAAUAAAAAGGAUGUGAAAAGACUUAAAGAAUUAUUAAGAGACGGAGAAACCGAAAUUUUUGAUGCAUUGGUUACCGCAGAUGAGAGAAUUGAUGUACAGUCACCGAAAGUGUUGAAGUUAUUGAAGAAUCAUCCAGAAAAAAUACUGAAAGACUGGGAAUUGUACCUGGAAAAAUGUAUGGAGAACAUUAGGAACCCUUGGGCCCGAAAAUUUUUGAAAUUGUGUCGCUGGUAUCAGAAAUUGCCGAUAAAGUUUGCUGAUAAAAGUUUGAACGAAGUUGUAGAGAAUAAACGAGAAGGAGGAUUGAUUGUUCUGGGACUACUGUUCGAAGGACCAGCAUUGGAGCAGGUCGUAAAUGUUUUUGUACCAACGUCAACGACAAUCGAUUCCGAUGAAGAAGAUGCUGCAGAUGACUGUAAAAUGUCCUUUACUACUCCAAAGGCAUUUAAUGCCAUCAAUCCACCGGUGUCUUUAGAUUUUAUUUUGGACGUCUGUGAAAGGUGUUCUAAUCACGUGAUAAUCAGUUCUCUUGUGGAUGUAAGCCGACGAACUGCGUUACCUAAAGUCAUUUCGUUUGCACAGACGCUGAUGGACCGACCGGUUUCUAUAAAAAAACUCGGAAUUCGGCUCUUUUGUAUGGUCGCGGAUGUCAAAAAAUUACGCGGUCUCCUAAUCAAGUUGUGGAAAUCCGAAACGGAUCGGACGAUUCGUGCGUUUAUAUUUAAAAAUGUGUUUGAAUUUUUUAAAUCAAUUCCCAAUGACGAUACCUGGGGAAUGAUUUGCGAAUGUUUCGACGGUCUUAAACCGGAAGAUGAAGAUAUGUUUGAAUCUCUUAUGAAUUUGAAAUCUAUUCCUAAUGAAUACAUCACGGAUUAUGUCCACAUAUUAUUUAGCCUCUUUCGUAGACUCGGCGAUGAGGAAAACGGUUUGAAGCCAGAUGUCGUUUGGUCUCAUACCGAAAAGCUUCUUAAUGUUGAUAAGAACAUAUUAGUUCUAUAUUCUGAUGAAUUACACAAUGCGAUCAUUGACAAGUAUGUUCUUGAUUUGUCACUACCACAAAAAAUACAGUCUGCAGGCCAUAUGUAUCUAAUUAAUUACAUUAGAACAGCGGGAGAAAAGUUAGAAGACAGAUUGAAACGUUUCAAAAAUGUAUUUAUCAAAAUUGUUAGAGAAAAUUGGAAUAAUCCUCAUCCUACUAUAAGUUCAUUCUAUCCAGCAAAAUAUUUCGUGAAAAAUUUAACAGAAUAUUUAAUAAAUUCUGUUAAUAAAUCACACGAGCCAAGUCGAGUACGAUUAAUCGAAGUUGCUUUCGAGUCAUUCAAUUCCACUUUGAGACCCCAGCAAAACCCCCAUUUCUACAUGAACAUUUCGUUUGCUUCUGUACUGUCGGCAAAUAAAUUUACCCCAAAAGGAGUUGCCUGGAAAGUAAGCGGACUAUUACCCGGGUUAAUUAAUAUUUUUUCCGCGGAAUUAAUGCCAACUAUCGCUUCAUUUUUAUUUGAUUACCUCAUGUCAUACUUCUCAGACGAAGGUACUGAUUGUCUGUUGGAUGUAGUCGAAUGUUUGAUCGGAUUAAAUAAUGAUCCGGCUACGAUUCUUGCAGCCCAUCUUUUGUCCCUUCAAAAAUAUGGUACCUAUAGACCCCGGUUUAUAAGAAUUGUUAAUUUUCUUACAGAACAUAACAAUCCCGUGGUGAUGGCAAUUGCCUCCAUUAUAAUGUACAAGCUUUUGUAAAAUGAAAAAAAAAAAAAAAAAAAAAAUCGUCUGAUUAUUAAUGAAAAUAUUUUCAUAAUUAAUUUUUUUUUUUGAAAAUAUGUCAUUAAACUUUUUGUAUGUUACUCUGAAUCUUAUACUUUAUAAAUAAAAAUAUAUAUGUAA